UCAAAACAUAAAAACAAUUUUUAAAAAUUUUUUAAAUAAAUUUUUUUUGUUAAACUUCGGGACUAGUGUUCAGACUAACUGACUGACUGACUGACAGACAUACAGACGGGACAGUCAUAUGAUAUCAUAUCAUAUAUAUAUUAAUAUAUUAGACGACAGACUAUUUUGACACCAACUGUCUGGACAUAAGCUGUUUUCACCCUUUAUUUUUAACCUCAAUACCCCUCCUCAACACCACCAAAAAAAAGUCAACUGUCCUGUCAAACCAAAAUCAAGUGAUCAAACUAUUAACACACAUUGACUGACUGACCACCAUAUCGGGUGACACCAACACCAACACCAACAACACUGACAACAAUGAAAAAGUUUUUCAGUUUCGCCCGACGCAAGUCAUCCUCGACAUCGACUGGUCUGAAAGGCCUGAACCCGAGGCGCUUCUCCAUUGGUUCAUCAGCUUCUUCAUCGUUACAGAUACAAGUAGUACGCGGCGGCUAUAAUGUCGAUCUGGGGAAAGUUGACCAAUCGUUUACCAAACUACAUAAGGCUGCCUUAUUGAACGAUGAGGACAGGCUACGCAAACAUAUUAAAUCCAUACCGGUCAACUCGCGUGACUCAUCGGAUAGGACAGCCCUACAUUUGGCUACGGUUAACGGUAAUCUAAAAAUUAUCCGAUCGUUGAUCGAGGCCGGUGCCAAUGUCAACGUACAGGACGGAGACGGUAAGACACCGAUUGUCAAGGCUAUUGAAUGCCAACACGAAGAUUUGGUACAAUUUUUUCUGUGUGUCGGUGCCGAUACUGAACUCGCCGACUAUGAAACGGGUAAUACACCCCUGCAUUGGGCACUAUCGAUGGGUGCCGUACGGGCGGCACAGUAUCUGCUGAGGAAUGCCCGACAUUUGGAUGUUAAUAAACGCAAUAAUCAAAACGAGACAUGUCUGCACUUAGCCGUAAAAUUGCCGCAAAACUGUGUUAUACUCGAAGAUCUCAUCGCCAACGGUACACAUUUGGACGCCCGCGACGACCGCCAGAAAACGGCACUAAUGAUUGCCACCGACAACGAGAACCUGCAGGCCAUCAAUACAUUGGUUAAGUACGGUUCGGCAGCACCGGGAGUUGCGGGUGGCGGCGGGACAGGAACUGGUGGUGUCGGCGGAGGUUCGGCCACUUAUUCGAGCGAUGAAGACAUGAGACUAUCGCUUACUGGCGGCUUUGGCGGCGGCGGCAGCGGUGGUCGAUAUCCAAACAGCAGCAGAAACAGUAGAAGUCAAGUGCUCAGUAUUCACGAACGCGAAACCGAUUCGGCCGAUUCGUGGCCGGACACCGAGGACGAGGACGGCAACUACGAGAGGCCAAUGUCCAGAGAGUCGAGAGAUUCGGCGGCGGCCGCAGCGGCCAAACAGCUAAGAAAAGAGUCGUUCAAAAGUGGUAACUCAUUUCGUGUGUCUAGUCUUGUGGAUGAAACCAUUCUCGAAGAGCUAAAGCCGGACAAUGGGAGUGUCGGCGACGAUAGUGGCGACGAUUAUGUUAUCUGUAAGCCGAGCACUAGUCGCGAAAAGAUUGGCCGACUCUCUGAAGCCGUCGUCGACGACGUCGACGACAUUGUCAACGAAAAGAUGAAACAACAACAAGAGAUUGUAUGGAAAAAGUCGUCGUCGUCUUCUUCCUCAUCGUCCGGCGGAUCUGAUGACGAUAUGAUGAUCAUCAAGAAGAAGAAGACGAAUCUAAAUAAUAUGAUUAUUAAUGACCGCAAACGUAACGAUGAUGAAGAAGAUGACGACAAAGAAGUCAGGGAAAUGAAUGCAAUAAAUACGAGCAAAAAUCAAAUGUUUAGCAAAUCAUCGGCGACUACGACGACUGGGUCAGUGGCCGGCGGCGGCGGCAGUGUCGGCGAUCCAUUCAACAGCGAUGUUAUGGACGAACUGGAACUGCUUCUCAUACAGGAGACCAUUGGCGUCGGUGGAGGACUAGUAGGAGGAGUAGGAACUGGAGUGACGCACGACAAGAAUGUCGACUUUAUAGCCCAUAUGAAAGAUCUGUUGGACGAAGAGAUGCCGAAAGCGGCGGCGCCUAAGGCUAGCAGCACUCCGCUGGCCAUCAAACACAAAAGCAUACCGUCGCCGCCGCAGCCAUUAUCACCACUACUAACAUCAUUAGCAUUAUCAUCGCCACCCACACAACCACUACCACCAACACAGACAUCAAUGACAUCAACUAAAAGUGAUACUAAAACUACAGAUUAUCAUCUAAUACUUGAUGAUAAAGACAAUAGUGAUCACAGACGUCGACAACAGCAACAACAACAGCCAGAGAUUGUUAUGUUUGGUGACAAUAUAACUGUUAGAAAUGUGACUAAAACGACAACACCAACAAAGACAGUGCCUACCAGUCCUCCUCAUCCUUCUGGCGAUGGAUCUAACAGUAGAUCUCUAUCAUCGCAGCAUCAGUUACGUCGUGAGAGUAACGUUGGUGUUGUUAAAGAUGUGUCGACCACUGAUUCGUCGAAAAGUGAGUCGACGUCGACGCCAACGAAGAAGUCGAAGAAGAAUAAGAGGACAAAACAACAACAGAAGACGACUACAACGAAUCAAACGGACGAUAGUUAUCGACGGCGAAGUGUGGCCGACAUGAAGACUACUACUACUAGCUCUGGUUCGUCGUCCACCGAAACUGAUGCGGCAGCCAUGGCCGCGGCGGCGGCGAUUGAUGCGGCCAAUCGACGUCGAAGCUAUGCCGAAGUGGUUGCCCAGAAUCGGGAGACAACAGCCAACAGCAACAACAGACAGUCGCUUAUGGAUGAGCUUAAGACUAGUAUCAAUGCCAGAGCUAAGAGUCAUAGCUAUGCCGAUGUUCAGUCAGGCGGCCAUUCAGACUACUACGACCAGAUGCGCGGCAACGGCGGCGGCGAAACAAAGAUACCGAUACUUAGGGCCAACAAAUCGUUUUCAUCGUCAUCAUCAUCAUCGGCGACGUCGUCGCCGACUAAACUACAGUUUCUCCAGAAGUUAUCACCGAAACAUAACACAUCCAGCAAUAAUCAAAGUCAUGUCGUCGUCAACAACAAUGCCAAACAACCACAACAACAACAGGAAUCACCAUCACUUGCGGACAGCAAUAAUGCCAUCAAUCUGUUGUUGUUGAAGAAUCAACAGAACAACACCAUCAACAACAACAACAAUAUGAAGAGUAGUCUAUCGAAAAUACCGUUACCGGUGUCUAAACAACAACAACAACAGUCGUCUAGUGUUGAACUACAGUCGACGCCGCCGUCGCCGACAAAGUCUACGACAGCAGCAUUGGACGACAUGUCGCCGACAACGACGCCGACGACGACAGAUGAAUCGGCGGACAAUACAAGACUAGAUGUCUUUGGCCAGAAUUUUUCGCCCGAAAGACAUUCGUCGAACGCUGAAGAGUUAUCGGCGACUGAGGCCAGUAGUGGUGUCAAGUUGUCGCCGUCGAACAGUACCGGCAGUACCGGUAAGGUCAAGAACGGGGCCAUUAGGUCGUCAAAACUUCGCCGUCGAGUCAACGAACUGACCGAUGAACUCAAAAGAGGUACCCAAGAGAGGUCGGCGUUGGCGGCCGAAAACGAUACGAUUAAACUGGAGCUCCGGGAUCUGAACGAUAGGAUAUGGGCGGAAAAUGCCCGAAACUAUGACCUGGACAUGAAGCUGACCAAAUUGGAGGCCGAACUUAGCCGCUGUCGUAUCGAACUGGACAUGAAAUGCAACGAACGGGACGCCAUUCGUACGGAACUCGAAUCGAUUGUCGGCCAGUUUGCCGACAGUAAGACCCGAUGGCGUUUGGUUGACGAAGAAAAUCAACGAAUGAAACUGCAGAUGACAUCCAUGGAACUGGAGGAACAAGUUUUGCGACAAAAACUACUGGCCAGCAGUACGACGGCAACCAAUACCACCAACACUGGCGUCGGACAACAUAUGUCUGGUAGUCACGAUGUCUGCGAUCACGACGAACUGGUCAUCGAAUGGAAGACCAAAGUGGAUGUACUGAUGGAUGAAAACGAUCGACUUCGCCGCCAGACGGAAGAGUUGCAACGGUUGGCCAUCGAAAAGGGUGUCGAAUACGAGCGCCAGUUAGUCGAGUGGCAGAAGCGUACCCAAGAAGUUGAAUCGCAUCUGAAGACACUGAGACUGGAGUUGGAGGCCGUCAACAGUGUUCGCCAGCAGAUGAUGGCUCAACAACAGCUACAGCAGAGCACUGGCGGUGGCGGUGAGGAACAGCUGGAACUGUUGCGAGCCGUACGCGAACUGAACACACUGAUGGCCAAACUGGACGACCGAAUUGCACGUACGGAUGCCGUACGGCAACAAUCAGUACAGACCAAGUACUCGAACGAAGAGAUGCUCGAAUGUGCCCGUAAUCUGUUGGAUCAGAUGCGCCAAGAGAUGGUCAACUUUAAGGAGAUGCUGACCACCACUGCUACCGUCGCUACAGCCGCCGAUACGACAACAACAGUGGACAACAACAAGAAUGGCAGUGUCAACGGCGAUCACCACAAGACUACUAACGGUAAUGAAAAACAAUUGGCAGCUUUCGAGUCGCGUAUUAACGGUUUGCGUCAAUCGCUUGAACGACUCGAAGAUCAACUACAGAGCCAAGAACUGCAGCUAAUCCGGCAGACAUCGGAUAUCAUUGCAUUUACAUCGGGUUCCGCAGCCGCCGGGGCCACCACUACUGCCGCCGCCACCACAACAGCUUUGCGCAAAUCUUUGUCAUCGCGCGAACUGUUUAUCGCUUCCAAUACCACUCAUAACUUAAACAAUCUAAACAAUCACAUCAACAACAACUACCACAAUAGCAAACAGCUAUCACAACAACAGCCGCCGAAGAGUUGGUUUGUUCAGACAUUGUUUAGACUACAGUCUCAUAUUCAACAGUCCGGCGGCAAUGGAUCGCCGACCGGCGGCGGAUUGACCGCUGCCGACGGCGGCAUCGAUUCAAUCGCUACGUUUGUUCAUCAAAAAUCAAGACUACAGAAACAGAUACACGAAUUGAAGACCGAAUUGGGAUUGUUUGCCGAAUCCGUCCAUUGAUUUCUUGUAUUGAUAUAUAUAUUAAUAUAUGCAAUGAAAGAGAGAGAGAGAGAGAGAGAGAG